CGGCCGCUUCUCUAAUAUGAUAAUCGAACAAUACAGGUAGGGUGGAUUGGAAUGCCCAUCCUGACUUUCGCACGCGCCCAUUUCAAGGGGUACAAAGGGUUGUUGAUUUUCGUUUUGGUCACCUUAUUUUUUCUCAAGCUGUUCUACGGAAACAUUAUCGAAAACAAGCCGACAUUGCUGUUCAACUCGACAAGGUAUCAUGAGGAAAUCAAGGAUCUCGACCAAAUGCACGGGCCUCUUCUACAGAAACUCCUCAUCAAAAACAAACGUUUCCAAAACUCGAACGUUUCAUCCAUUAAUACCACCUCCACCACGACUACCACAACUACAACGAAAAGAACCAUCGUCACCAACCUAAAUUACAUCGUUACCCACCCGCCCAUUUCCAUGGAGAGCAUAAAUACGACCAUCAUAUCUUCUGACGCUACGGAGUUGAAUAACAUCACUACCGUAGAGCGUAAAGUAACGACUACGUUGUCACCGCUUUGCCCAGACGUUACAUCGAAUUUAGUUGGAAAGGUUCCUAUAGUAAAAUCGCCCGUCCCGAGCGUGAACGUCUUAGAAUCCCGCUUUUUAUCGUGGCUAAAACCGGGCGGUCACUGGCAACCGCCCGACUGCAAGGUGGAAAAAUCCGUGGCCGUCGUCAUACCGUUCAGGAACCGAGGCAUGCACCUGCUGCUGUUCCUGCAGCACAUGCAUCCGUUCCUGCGACGCCAGCAGCUGGACUACACGAUCUUCGUGGUCGAGCAGGACGGGAACGGAACCUUCAACAGGGCUAUGCUGAUGAACAUUGGAUACGCGGAGGCGUUGAAACGCAGGAAAUUCGAUUGUUUUAUUUUUCACGAUAUUGAUCUUCUUCCUGAAGAUGAUAGAAACUUGUAUACCUGCCCGGAGCAACCCAGACACAUGAGCGUAGCAGUGGAUGUCUUUAAAUAUCGUUUGCCCUACCCGGCAAUUUUCGGCGGAGUUUCCGCCAUAAACACCGAACAAUUUAAACUGCUUAAUGGUUUUUCCAACGCUUUUUGGGGUUGGGGAGGCGAGGACGACGAUAUGUCCAACAGGAUUAGGUACCAUCACCUUUUUAUAUCAAGAUACCCAAUAUCUAUUGCCAGGUAUACCAUGCUGACGCACAAAAAGGAAAAAGCCAGUCCUAAUAGAUAUGAAGUGCUAAAACAGGGGCAAAAGCGUUUUGACAAGGAUGGCUUAAAUAGUUUAAAAUACAAAGUGGUCAUGUCUAGGGACAAGUUGCUUUACACAUGGGUGCUUGUGGCUUUAGAGGGAGCCCCUAGCUGAUACCGUUUUUUAGUCUGACAUGUAAAUAAAGUAAAAUCUAAGAAAACGUUCUUGUAGAUAGUACUCAGAAAUAAUUUAUUUUAAUUAGUUUAACUUAUUUUCAAAGUUCCUUUAGAUUGAGCGAAACGCACCAAAGUGUUGCACAUCAUAUUUUAAGCACAACGAGAUGUUUUAAGGACCUAACUUUUAAUUCUUGUUGCCAAACAAAUAAAUGUUUAAUUUAUUUUGUUAUCAAAUUUGAUAUUAUUCACUUGUUAAUUAGUAGGUACUUAAUAAGGUAUCCUAUAAGCAGGCAGAAAUACGAGAACAAUUUUUUUUACGAAUGUAUAGUUUUAGGAUUACUUAUGUGUAACAACUUUCAUGGAACAUACUGUAUAUAAAAGCAAAUUCAUUUUGUCGGUUCUAGUCAUAUUUUUUGUAACAUAUGAUA